AUGUCACAACUGCACAGACUGGGGGACUCGCAAGGUGUGAGAACGGUUAAAAACUUGACUGGACUCCAAGAGACUCAGACAAGGAUGUCACAAUUUGCUUCACAUCGAGGAGAGAACACUUUGGCUAUUGUUGGUAGUGAUUUCAAAGCUUUGUUACAUGAACAUAUUUGUUUAUUGGAGUGGUUAAGUACACUUUGCCACAUCUUCAGGAAGUAUAACACUGACCUGAGCAUUGAGAGUAAGCAGAUUCUCAUGAGACUUCACUGGGAAGAAAAACACAACUUGGAAAAAGAAAUGAACCAAACAUCGUGUCUUAUAGACCCCAAUAUUGCACAUCCUAUUCUGAUAACAAUGUACAUUAUCAUUUUCAUUGGAGGAUUAAUAGGGACAAGUCUUAUGACCUACUUGAUCAUUGGUGAAAACAGACUGUCAGUGACAAACACAUCAAUCAUCAACUUGUUGGUGGUUCAUGGUAUUUUUCUUAUUUCUGUUCCAUUUCGUAUUGCAUUCUACGUUCAGAAGAGAUGGAACUAUGGACUUUUUUUCUGCAAAAUUGUAAGUGCCAUGACACACAUCCAUAUUUAUGUUUCUUUCAUAUUUUACGUCAUUAUGCUGUCAAUGAGAUACAUAGGCUUCUUUAAGAAAAAGGACAAGAUUGAGUUUUACAGGACACUCCAUUCACUUGGAGUCAGUGGAGCUACGUGGAUUUUUAUAUCUGUUAUAACCAUACCUUUGGUUUUCACGCAAUAUGGCAAAUCUGUCAACUUUACUGAAACAGAGUGCUUCCAAUUUCAAGAUGCAUUGAAGAACCAAGCUGUGACUACUGUGAACUAUAUCUCCUCGGUCGUCAUAUUUACAGUGGUUACUUGCCUAUUGGGUGUACAAACAUUUAUUUUUGUAAAGGCCUUGAAACAAGUCCAGAAACCUAUUCUUGCCUAUCAGGAAAUCUGGGUCCAACUGAAAAGUCUUUUCUUUAUUUUGGUGAUGAUAACAUGUUUCUUUCCUCUUCAUAUGUUUAAGUUCUACUAUGUGGACCAUUACCAGGACUGCUUCUACAUCAAUGAAAUUUGCUUGAGCAUAACUGCACUGAGUUGUUUAGAUUUCCUUCCCUUUGCCGUAAAAACGUACUAUGGAAAAGUGUUGCAGUUUGUAACAUUUGCUACAUGAUGAAAUUAUGGCAUCUAAGCAUUUUCUUCGCUCAACCUUCCCCCAAAAGCUGGUGGUCAUAGAUGUAAAGACUAUUUUUAACAAUCUGAACAAUUUAUUAUCAGGGAUUGUUUACUUUUCAUAA